AUGGAUCCUAUCGGUGUUGCAUCCAGUGUCGUCUCGCUUAUCACAACCGCUGUAUUAUUUCGCAACUACGUCAAAGGAAGAGAAGGACUCCUUGACAGGCAGAAAUGGAAGAACAGUAUACGCCUUGGUCCUAGCGAGAAGCGAUUCAAUGGGGCUUGCGAUAUUGCAGUUGGAGGAGAGUCGCGUUGGCAAUACCUUUGGGACGAUGAAGUGGAAGCCGUACCACAAGGCGAGACAAGACAUCAUCUACCUCCGCAGACGAAUCAGAGUAUACGACUGGAGGUGAUAGAAGAAGGAUCUGAUGGUCCUCAGGACACCUUUCCAGUUGCUACGGGGUUCAUGCAACUUUCUAAGCAAUGGCAACGAGCUUACUCGGACGCAUCGUAUCAUAUCACAACGUAUGAGACUGCAUGGCCCGUCAAAGUCACAAGAUUCAUCAAGGUUUGGGAAGAGGACCAGAAGAAAUGCGUUCUCAUCACAUGCGAUACGUAUGCACGGAAACAACCCAGCGAUGGUUUCUCAGACUUCUAUGCCGCAAAGCAAAUCAGGAUACAAAUCAAGUUACUAGAUGCAUCUUACAUCACCGUUCGAUCCAAGGAUAACUGGAAGCAAUUAUUCCUUCUACAGUUCCACCACGCAUGCCUGAAACUCUUUAUCGCAUUCCUCAACGCCUUGGAAUCAGAUGAAAUCGACCAUGCAGAUGAUGCAACCACGGAUCCCAGCUUAGCCGAGCUUCGACAAUGGAACUUAAAAACAAUCACCAAGCGGUCGUACGAGUACCGAGAUCUUGCAGAGAUGGGCCGCAAAUUGAUAUCCACCACGGAAUCUCUGAUUGAUGUUGUCAGAUCAACGCCUCCAGUCGUCGACUCAUCAACUCAUGCGAACAAGUUGAUGGCCAUUGACAUGGAACUACGAGGGUACUGCCGAGAGGCGAACGAACAACUUCAGAAGUUCUCAGAUCGAUUGGAUCACGAUCUCAAGUAUCUUGAACUCGCUCGGAACAUUAAUCAGACUAGGGGCGUUCAACAACUUACCCUCUUAGCCACCAUCUUCCUACCUUUGUCGCUCGCCGCUGGUGUUCUUAGCAUGCAAACGAGAUUCAAAGACCUUGGAACACUACUUUACGACUUCUUUGGCGUGGUGGUACUCCUCGCAGCUAUCGUUCUCAUCAUCAUGAUCCUGUUGAGCCUUAUGACUGUUUUGAAUGAAUUGGAUACAACCACCAUCAUGGAGUUAUUGGAAAGCCUUGCAGGCCCCUUUAUGCACACAAUACUAUGUGGUGGGCACCGCCCCCAGCGUCCCCUGAAUCCAGAAGAUCGCCCAAAUAUACCCAUCCCGGCAAACGAUCUCGACGCAAUCGUCACUGAGCUCAGCCACCGCGGUGACUUCACCCACGCGGAGUGGGGAAAAUGCUUGGCCAAACUGGAAGACCUCAAGGCCGAACACCCUGAGCCCGACCUCUUCGCGGUGCUCGAUGCCAUGGAACUUGCGUUUCGCGAGUUGGUGGUAGACUUGAAAACCAUCUCUGAUCUGAAACAAGACGCCGAACAAGACUCGAGCGUUCUCCUCUACCCGGAGCUUGAUAUCGGCGAAGCGAAGAACAUUCUCUUCGGAGAAGCGGCAGACAAAGAUGGCCAUCCCAUCGAAAAAUACAUCGGCAUUGUGAAACUACACACACUGGCUCUUCCACAACUUGGAACCUUCCUGGCUAUGCAGAACAACGGAGCCAUUACAAUUGCCAUGAUAUUCCAAAUCCUCAAACUGCAUGGAAUUGUCGAGAACAAGGGAGAGGGAGAGUGGCUUCGACCACUGAAAGAAACUCUUGGAAACUCUCUCUAUGAGCAGAUUAUGGAGGCUCACAAGGGUUGAUUAGGCAAAUCUGGGCACAGAGGAGUAACUUCAAGAACAAAGUGAAAAGGGAACCUUUCGGAUUUACGUCUUGAAAAUACAACCAGUCAUAAACAC